AUGCCGUGUUCGACUGUACACAUGAGCACAAUUCACAUCAUCAUCGCAAGACCUCUACAUCAGACCCCGCUUCACAUCAUUAUCUUCAGCCCCACACCCCCACACCGGAAACCAAUCUCACAUUAUCCAAUCCACACCCGCAUCGGAACCGUCUCCCAUCAUCCUCUCCACCCACAUCCACACCGGAAACCAAUCUCACAUUUACCAAUCUACACCCUCACCGGAACCGUCUCCCAUCAUGCCUCCAUCCACACCCACACCGGAAACCAAUCUCACAUUAUCCAAUCUACAUCCACACCGGAACCGCCUCCUAUCAUGUCUCCACCCACACCCACACCGGACCUCCCUCCCAUCAUCAUCUCCACCCACACCCCCACACCAGAAACCAAUCUCACAUUAUCCAAUCCACACCCUCACCGGAACCGUCUCCCAUCAUGCCUCCAUCCACACCCACACCGGAAACCAAUCUCACAUUAUCCAAUCCACACCCUCACCGGAACCGUCUCCCAUCAUGCCUCAUCCACACCCACACCGGAAACCAAUCUCACAUUAUCCAAUCUGUACCCACACCGGACCUCCCUCCCAUCAUCAUCUCCACCCACACCCCCACACCAGAAACCAAUCUCACAUUAUCCAAUCCACACCCUCACCGGAACCGCCUCCCACCAUGUCUCCACCCACACCCACACCGGAUUUCCCUCCCAUCAUCAUCUCCACCCCAACCCCCACACCGGAAACCAAUCUCACAUUAUCCAAUCCACAUCCGCACCGGAACCGCCUCCCAUCAUCAUCUCCACCCACACCCCAACACCGGAAACCAAUCUCACAUUAUCCAAUCUACACCCGCACCGGAACCGCCUCUCAUCAUCAUCUCAACCCACAUCCACACCGGAAACCAAUCUCACAUUUACAAAUCCACACCCUCACCGGAACCGCCUCCUAUCAUGUCUCCACCCACACCCACACCGGAUUCACCUCCCAUCAUCAUCUCCACCCCAACCCCCACACCGGAAACCAAUCUCACAUUAUCCAAUCCACAUCCGCACCGGAACCGCCUCCCUUCGUCUCCACCCACACCCACACCGGAUCCCCUUCCCGUCAUAA